AUGGUUAAAAUUUUAAAACCUUUUGAAGAAAUAACAAGGCAUGUUUGUAGUGCAAAAUACCCUACAAUAAAUUUUGUAUAUCCAUAUGUUCGAAUGUUAAAAAAUAAAUAUGCUCCAAUAGCUGAAAAAGAUAAAUCUAUUGAAUCUUGGUUAGAUCUUAUCUACAGACCCUCAUCAGAUUUUGAGGAAAUUGCAAAUAGUGAUACAAGUGUUAGCAGUGAUGACGAAGCUGACAUACCAUCAGCUGGAAGUAAAAAGCAAUGGCAAUAUACGCAUGCUCAUCAAAAAGAAGUAGAUGAUUCAGAUGUAGUAAGAUAUUUACCUUCUGCAAAUUUUACUUUCAUUUGCUCUCCUACUGAACGAAGAAAUAUAGAAAAUCAAAUUCGUGAAGAAUUACUUGUAUUAGAACCUAAUCGUAGUAAUAGUAAUACAGAAAGAACACAGACUACUAUAGAGAAGGAUUAUGAUUCUUUGAGCGCUAAGUUAUGGGGCCCACAUUUAAUACCUGUUCUACAACAAAGUACUUGA